UCGAGUACGCUGCAGAUUUCUGGGGGGGAAAAAAAAUCCUCUGCAGAUUCAACCUCGUCACCCUAAAACAAGACUAUAGCUCCGAUAACACAUGGCUUCUUUCUUGUCCCUUAAACUCCUCCUUAAGUGCAUUGAUUUUCUUUCAUGGCCCGUUCUUGCUUUGGGUUAUCCCCUGUUUCAGUAUUGGCAUUACAUGAAGCUAAUGAUCGUUCUUUUCCUUGUGAUACCGGACUUUGGAAGAGCUUCUCUUAUAUAUAGUCAGCUCAUUCAGUUGUGCAUCUGCACCAAUCUAUAUGUAGUCAUAAGCAAAUUCAGGAACUGGAAGAGGGUCUUUGUGGAGAAAGAAGACUUUCUAAUGCUGGCUGAGAAAUAUAUAACAGAGAAUGGAGCUGAAGCCUUAGAGAAACUCAUGGCUAGCAAGAACAAAGAGCAAAACCUUGAUGCAGAAACGAAAAACGCAGUUCCAAUUACAGAGAAGAGUGAAAUGCAGCAGAACCCAGCACAAAAUCUUGACACAGAAACAAGAAAAGUAGUUCCUACCAUAGAGAAGAAUGAAGGACAGCAGACAAAUAAAGUAAGGCUUCCCUUUGAACAGAAAGGCAUCAAAGUUUGGGAGAUGAUUGAAAAAGAGGAGGUCCCUGAUGGCAAGCGGUUGGCACUCAAGUUUGGUUCAUUCCUGGUGUUUUCGUCCUGCAAGGAAGAAUGAAAAGCUUCAGCUACAACUGCUGGCUUUGCAACAAACUCUCCACUUUCUCUUUAAGCAAGUUUUUAUAUUUUCUGUUUGUUCUUUUCCUGUUGGUAUCCGUUUACUAAAAACUUCAUUUAAUUGCUUUUUAGACGGAUAACUACAAAAACCAUAGCAGUAGCA